CCACCCAUCCCCUCAAAGCUUUCUGCAAUGGCAUCCUCAACCCUCACCUCAUCCCCAAAGCGGUAAUUUCUUCAUUCUUCUCCUCCAUCGCUCUUCAUCCGAGACUACACAGUUGGAAAGACGCUUCACUUUCAAUCGACAUUGUUGAUCUGAUUGAAGAUAUUCUUAUGGAGAAUCUUUCACAUCACUCAAAUAGUUCAAGUUCAUCAUCAUCAAGUGAAGAUGAAGACACAAAGUUAGAAGUGACAAGAGUUUUAAAAAAAAGAUUGGUUGUGUUGUUGCUCAAAUUAUUAAGUGGCUCAUCCAUUGAUAAGGAACGAGUCUCUACUUCAUCAUUUACAGGUUCAUUUUUCAUUCAAGAGCUUUUAAAUGGUUCAUCUAGCACAUGUUAUGAACUAAUGCGGAUGGAAAAACAUGGAUUUAUUUCUCUAUGUCACAUGUUUCGAGAAAAAGGAUGGCUUGUUGACAGUAAACAUUUGAAUGUUGAAGAGAAAAUGGCCAUGUUUCUUAUGACUAUUAGUCAUAAUCUUCGGAAUCGAUUGAUUAAGAAUAGAUUCCAACACUCAAGUCAAACAAUUCACAAAUACUUCCAUGAGGUUUUAGUGGCCAUGGUGAAUUUCUCAAAAGAGAUGAUUACUCCUCCAUCAUUCAAUGAUAGUUCAAAUGGUAUCUCCAAUCGUCGGCUAAGACAAAUUUUUAAGGAUGCUAUUGGUGCAAUUGAUGGAACUCUUAUUCAUGCAUGUAUUCCCACUAAUCAACAAGUACCUUAUCGAGGUCGUGGGAGAGGAGAAUGUUUUCAAAAUGUUAUGGCAGUUUGUGAUUUUGACAUGAUAUUUAGGUUUGUUGUUGUUGGAUGGGAAGGAGCAACUCAUGAUUCAAGAGUCUUGACAAAAACUAUCCAAAAAUAUUAUUUAGUAGAUGCAGCAUACACACACACUCGAGGUUUUAUGGCACCAUAUCAUAAUGUGCGUUAUUGGUUGAGUGAUUUUCGUAGUGGUGGUAAAGCUGUAGGAAAAGAGGAGAUAUUCAACCAAUGUCAUGCAAGAUUGAGAAAUGUCAUUGAACGUGCUUUUGGUGUUGUUAAGACUGUUUAA